AAUCACCACCAUGGCAUCCACUUCUCCUUUGGUUGCCAUUCUACUAACUUUAAUACCAUGCCUCUUCCUAAUUAUUCCUCAGGCACAAGCCCAGACGACGGCGCCGGCACCGGAUUCCAACUCUGUCUUGAAUCUCACAGCGGUCCUUGAGAAAGGUGGUCAAUACAGCAUGUUCAGUCGUCUCCUAAAUACCACCGGAGUAAUGAGCCAACUCCAAAUCCAACUCAACAACCCCAAUGGUCAAGGCUUUACAAUUUUUGCUCCAACAGACAAUGCAUUCAGCUACCUCAAGCCAGGCACAAUCAAUAGCCUCUCUCAACAAGAUCAAGUAGAGCUUCUGCAGUACCAUGUGUUGCCUCAAUACUAUACCUUAUCUGACCUUCAAACUGUAAGCAACCCAGUGAGAACUCAAGGAAAUAGUCAAAAUGGAAAUGACAAUCUCAAUUUCACUAGUUCAGGCAACAACCAACUCAAUAUCUCUACUGGUGUUGUGACAACACCAGUCAACAAUCCUCUUAGAGUCCAAUCUCCAUUGGCUGUGUAUGAGGUAGACAAGGUUUUGUUACCCAUGUCUCUGUUUGGGGUACCAGCACCUUCAGUGGCUCCACACCCUGCCAUAGCCUCCAACACAACAUCAACUCCUUCGGUAUCAAGUGGUGGAGGAGAGCCAGUGGCAUCACCUAAAUCCAGUUCCAUUGGGUUAUGUGUUGACCGAAUCAUGUGGAGUUGCAACAUUAGAGAAUCCAAAUGUACGAACUCGAAUUUUGGUUCAUCUGGGCAACUUGCUUCAGAAGUUGGUAGUGGUGGUGCUGGCGGUGAUCUGGUCUUGAUAAUUGUUGCACCCAUUCGGUGUGAUUCCGGUACUGGAAGACGGAGAUCUAAAACUAUUCGAAUCUAG